AUGGCCGCAAUGUCGCGGGGGCUUGCUGCGAGGCCCGCUGCCACACCCACCGCCCGGAUUUCCAAGCCCGCCCGCCUCCAGAAACGAGCCAAGGGCGGCACCGAGUCCACGCGCAAUCAUGUCUUCAAAGGCUUCUCGCAGCGCAUUGCCCAGCUCAAGAUCGAGCCCGUUCGCCGCGGUCGCAGCACCAUCCUCGACGAUGCCGAGCUCGAGUCGACCUUUUCCUACUUCCGCGAUUCCUUCCUCGAAUGGAGGGAACUCAACAUGUCCGAGGCCUUCACCAGCUUCGCCCGCAAAGUUGCGCCACUCUGCGACAGCCUCCCCCAGGUCCUCCACCACAGCGACCGCAUAUUCGAAUUGCUGGUAGAACACAUUGAGAAGGGCGAGAAAUUCAGCGAGGAGCCGCUGCUCAGCCUCAUGGCCCAUCUUGCACACGACCUGGGCGAGAGGUUCGAGAAGCACUUUGAAAAGGCAGUCAAGACGGUGUCGCAUCUGGCAGCCACCCAUGCCGAUGUCGAAGUCAUUGAAUGGGCAUUUGGCUGCCUGGCAUGGCUGUUCAAAUACCUCUCGCGACUAUUAGUGCCGAACCUGCGCCCUGUCUUUGAUCUCAUGUCCCCGCUGCUGGGUAAAGAGCGCCAGAAGGCCUUUGUGUCUCGCUUCGCUGCCGAGUCGCUCAGCUUUUUGGUGCGCAAAGCUGGAGCUGCUUAUCACAGAGACAAGAUGCCUCUUAGGACAAUCAUCAAGCACAUAUCGGACCAGCUCAAGGACCAGCAGGAAUCGACCAAGGACUAUGCUUUUCAACAGGGUCUUAUGUACCUCUUUACCGACUCGCUCAAGGGCGUACAGCGCGGUUUCCACUCAAGUGCUAUGGUUAUCUUGCAAGAGCUGCUGGCGGAAACCUUGAAUGAAGAGCAUCUCCACCUCCGAAUUCCGCCUCUCGAACCCGUGCUUAUCAGUGUCGUUACGGCCGCUAUCCACCACACAGAUGCGGAGAACUUCAGCCCUUUGCUCGAGGUGGUUCUUGCUGAAGUAGACAAAGUAUCGUCUAACCAGCGCUAUGCGGGUCCCGUGUCUCGCUUGUUGUUCGUCGUCUGCGGUGUACGUCAAGGUAGCCGUGUAGAGGAUUGGAGACCUGUGUUGGGUUCAAUCAGCCAUUUGCUCGGUUCCACAAAAGCAUCUACUGAACUUGAUACCGUCGAUGCAUGGGAGCUCCUUUCUCUAAUCUGCGUCGCGUUCCAGUAUUGCACGCUCGAUUCGGCCAUACCUCAUGAGAAGCUCCUGGAAGGACUGACUCGCGGUCCUUGGGAAACUUACUUUCUGUCGUUUUGCAAUCUGUUUGCUGAUUUGGGCGUGGAGAGGUUCAGAACUUUGCUACUCCCGUAUUUCAAGAGAUUUGUCACACAAAAGGCUCAUGAGUACGGGCCCCAGUUCUGCGCUACUUUACCUCGACUCUACCAGAGCGGUGCACUGGCGAAUAGCGCUUUGCAGCCUUCGGAACGCUGGCAAGCGACUCUGGAGGAGCCGUUUGACCAACUCAAUACAUGUGUGGACGAUGAGUCCGAGCUGGAUCCCAGGACCUUUUACUGCAAUGCUUUGCUGGACACGAUAGAGUCGCUACGCAUAGCUGAUGACAAGACGCAAGGAAUCUGGAAGGAUCUCUCACACUCACUCAAAAACGCCAUUGAGGGGACCAAUGCCACAUCAAAGCGAACAAUCGACAUCUUCGCAACUGGAAAGGGUUUCCAGUUUCUUGUCAGCAAAGGCCGCGACCACGACCAAACCACAAGUCUGUGGCCUGCCUUGUGUCAAGCAUCCACGGUGUUCGGACAUUAUGUAGCCUUCUGGCGAGCGCUGCUCGAGCUGUUUAAAAAGCACAGGGCAACUCUGGAUACUACUGGAUCGCACAUGGAGCCUAUGAAACGAACCAUCAUGCGCUGCUUAGGAUCUCCUUCGCAUGACUUGAGGCUCUCGGCUAUCUAUGUCUUGCAACUUGUCGCGGGGCAAAGCGAAGAACUACAGAACAUUCUGUCAGUUGCAAUGUUGAUUGAACAGACCCCGCCAAAUCUCGAGACACAAAGAUCUAUUGCGAUGCGCAUAGGACAAAUGGCCAAGUUGUACCCCAGUGUGUGCUCUGACGAGUGGGUCGGCGAGGCUAUCCCCGCGUUUUGUCUGGGAUUGCUCCACGUUCGCCUAGCCUCGGUGUGGGAUGACAGUUGCUCUGCCCUGAAAGCCAUCUGUGAGACAAAAGAAGGAGAAGGCUUUGUCACACAAACUGUUUUCGAAUGGUUGACCGCUGUCGAUGCUGCGGACAUCACCCCUGACAGUGCUCAGACAGCUGCGUCGCGGCCUUACGCUACUGAAUUUGAGUGUACCAAUAUCAUGCAGUUGCAGGAGCAGGUUGCCAAUGUUCAGGCACAAGCCGACAACAUCCAGGAGGAACUGGAGGCCUUGUUCAAGGAAGCCCAUGUUGAAGUACCUUUCUAUAAUGCUUUCAGCAGAACACAAGCUCUCAAGGUAUUAAGUACCCUGCCGCACAUUGCGGAAAAGCGCUCGAGACUGCUUGUGCCUGUGCUCUUGAAAUGGGCUUUUGAUCAGGCGCCAGAGUCUGAAGAUACUGCUUCGGAAGAAGACGCUUCGGCUACGCCACAAGACCGCUGGGCAAGAAAAGAUCAGAAAGCAAUGCUUUCCAUCUUCGCCAAAUUUAACAAUCCAAAGGUCUUGUAUCGAACGGAUGAAGUCCGCCAAGCUCUGCUCGCUUUGCUCAGCAACGGAGAUGUUGAGAUCCAAAAGGCUUCGCUAAAGGCGCUUCUCACCUGGAAAGACCGUGAAAUUGUCACAUACCAAGAACAGUUACUGAACCUACUGGACGACGAACGAUUCCGUGACGAGCUCCCAAUAUUCCUCAGCGAAGGCAAGCUUCAAGAAUCUGACGUUGACAAGGUCCUGCCACUCGUAUUGCGACUGCUGUAUGGAAAGGUUAUAGCUGGAAAACGGGGCCUUGAGUCAAAGAGAAAAGCAGUUUUUGUUGGGUUGAAAACAAGAUUUGGUGACGACGCCAUACAUCAAUUCCUACAGAUUGCCUUCGGGCCACUGGGUCACAUCUCCGUCUUGAAUGAUGGAGUUGUUGACGAGGACUUGCUGCAGAAAACUCUGGUAGACGCGCGAAAGCAGGUCGGAAUGCUGAACCUGUUGGACGACCUACUAAGUACCUUUGCGACAACAUUUGCCCCAUUCACUGCCACCGUCGUGGAUCCCAUCUUGUACUCUGCCAUUAAAGCAUCGCGCGAGCUCUCGGCUUCAGCCGACCGCGAAGAAGAUGAAGGCCGGUCGACACGGACAUCGUUGCUGAAGACUGUACGGCAACGUGCGCUCCAGAUUCUGAGCAGGCUGGUCGAGAAUAGCCCAGAGUUUGAGUGGCAUCCAUACACUGGGGCUCUUAUCAAAGAGAUGAUUGAGCCUAGGCUAGAUCAAUUCCCUGUGGAAACAGCGCAGUCUGUUUCGGGCAUUCUUCGACUGUUCGCAGCAUGGUCAAAAUCUGUUCGCACGGCCCCCUUUUUGGUGGAAUUCAACCCAAACAUUUUAUCCAAGGUUAUCGACUGUCUUGGGGUACCUUCAGCCAAGGACGAGGUCAAAUGCUUCGUUCUCGACAGCAUCAUCCGAAACAUUGUGGCCACUGUGGCUGCUGAAGAAGAUGCGCCAACAACCGAAUCGAAAAUACUGAAGAACCGUAUACAUACCGACGUCAUUCAGCCAUACUCCACUUCAAUUCUUAGCCGAGUCGGCCAGUUACUUCGUCAGAACCCAAGUAAAGAAGUGCUCGAAUCUGGUGUUCAGACAGUUGCAGAAUUGGCCCCUCACGUGGUUGGUGCCUCUGAAUCGCGCAGCAUGAUCGAAAUCGCUACUUUCCUUCUCCGGCAGCCUUCGAAGCGUGUGAACCCUCGCACUAAACUGGGGCUACUCAAAAUCCUUCACGAAUUCAUUCAGCGCUGUGAUGAGCAGAACUUGAACGAACUACUCAGUACCAUAUAUGAUGCUGUUUGCCCCAUGUUCGCUUUUGUUCAGGAUCGCACAGCGAGAGAGUUGAUAUGCGAUGUUGUUCAGGACCUCUCUGACACCAAGAGCGAUCUCCAGGUGGUGGCAAAGAUAUGUCAUGAUCUCAACUCCUUUGUAAAGGGGCGCCUGGACGAGCCAGAUUUCGAACGACGCUCACAGGCCUUCAGCUCUAUCAACGAGGAAGCCUAUCGAAGCUUCUCUCCCAUCCAAUGGAAGCCACUAGUCUACAACAUGCUCUAUUUCAUCAAAGACAACGACGAGCUUAGUAUCAGAGUCAACGCAUCAUUGUCGUUGCGCCGCUUUAGCGAGGUCUCGGAGAGUGAAGAAUUCAGGGAGUUUAUGGCAUCGGCAGUUCUGCCUGGAAUUCAGAAUGGCAUGCGAGAGACAUCCGAACUGGUUCGAAUCGAAUACCUUGCUGUCCUUGAGCAUCUGGUCAAGACACAUUCUGACUGGGCUCCUGUGUCCGAUCUACACAUACUUCUCUCAGACGAUGAUGAGGCAUCAUUCUUCGGCAACAUUCUGCACAUUCAGGGCCAUCGCCGACUUAGAGCACUGCGCCGCUUGGCCGCCCAUGCUUCUCAUCUGCGUGGCACCAAUGUCUACCACAUCCUUAUACCGCUGCUGGAGCACUUUGUCUUCAACAAGGGUGAUGAUGAAGCUGCGGACAGCCUCCUGGGAGAGACAAUCAAAACACUCACAGCGUUGACCGAGUGUUUGGAGUGGCCGCAAUUCCGCUCUCUCCUGAAGCGGUACAUUGGCUAUCUGGCUACCAAGGAAGACCUCCAAAAGCCUGUCAUUCGACUGAUUGCAGGUCUUUUGGAUGGUUUGAACCAAGCGGGACGCGCCAAAGGCUAUGUUGCUACGUCUACAUCUGAACCGGAUGACCCUGAUGCUGACACCAACGAUGAUGCCGAGGCUAUGGAUAUCGAAAAGCCUCAGUCAAUACUCACAAAGACUCUUCCACAGCGGGAAAAACUCAGCAGCGACAUGGUCAACAACUUUCUCCCUGAUCUGACCAAUUUCUUACACAAGAAGGACGAAGCGACUGUCAGUUUACGAGUGCCUAUCGCUGUUGCGAUUGCCAAGGUUCUUCUCGUUCUUCCACCGCUGGAAAUCGAGACACGACUACCUGGAGUUCUGCUGGAUAUAUGUUACAUCUUGAAGAGUCGCGCCCAGGAAGCCCGUGACAUGUCAAGAAAUACGCUUAGCGACAUUGCUACGCUCAUGGGCCCAGGAUACCUAGGCUUCAUCCUCAAAGCAUUGCGGACCGCGCUUCAACGAGGUUACCAACUUCACGUUCUCACCUACACCUUGCACACUAUUCUGGUGAAACUGGCCGACCAAACAAAACCAGGCGAUCUGGACUAUUGUCUCACGGACCUAGUGGAUGUGAUUAUGGAUGACACCUUUGGCGCUGCUGGCCAAGAAAAGGACGCUGAAGAGUACAUAUCCAAGAUGAAGGAAGUAAAGAGCAGCAAAAGCUUCGACUCCAUGGACAUUAUCGCACGAUCGGCUACUCCUGCGCAUCUUAUCAAGCUCGUACUUCCGAUCAGAUCCCUUUUGAUUGAGAAGCUCAACUCCAGGAUGGUUCAGAAGAUUGAUGAGCUACUGAGGCGCAUUGGACUAGGUGUUCUCCAGAACCCCACUGUCAACAACAGGGACAUACUAGUCUUCUGCUACGAGCUGAUUCAAGAAGUCUAUGCGGCAAACACAUCCAAAGACAACAAGAUCCAUAUUGAUCCCAAACACAAACGGUACCUGGUCAACAAUAAGGGAGCAGCCAAGUCUGGAACAAGGCUUAGUACUUCUUCAUACCUGUACAAAAUGAUACGCUUUGGCCUAGACAUCCUUCGGACUGUGCUGCGCAAGCAUGAGGAUCUCCAGACCCGACAGAACCUGGCUGGCUUCCUACCCAUCAUCGGCGACGCAAUGGUGCAAGGCCAAGAAGAAGUGCAAGUCUCGGCUGUCCGCCUUCUAACAACCAUCAUCAAGGUGCCGAUGUCCGAGUUGGACGCCAACUGUCCCGUGUACAUUGAUGAGGCAAUGCGUGCCAUCAAGGGUGCGCUGUCAUCCAACACUGAGCUUGCCCAAGCCUCCCUCAAGCUGGUGUCGGCUGUUUUGCGCGAGCGGCCAAACGUCCAGAUCAAGGAACGAGACAUCGGCCAUCUCCUCAAGCGUAUGAUGCCUGACUUGGAUGAACCGGAUCGCUCAGGUGUCAUCUUUGGCUUUCUCAAAGCUGUCAUGAACCGGCACUUCGAAGUCCCAGAAAUUUAUGAAUCUAUGGACAAGGUUGCGGAGAUGAUGAUUACCAACCAGACCAAGUCGGCCCGAGACAUUGCUCGCAGCCACUACUUCCAAUUCCUGACUUCAUACACUCAGAGCGAAAAGCGUUUCAAGAAGCAGAUUGAGUUCCUACUCAAGAACUUGCGCUACGAGCAUGUGGAAGGCAGACAAUCGGUCAUGGAAGCCCUUGAUCUUAUUAUUGGAAAGGCUCUGCCUCGAUUCCCUGAAAAGGCGCAAUACGAAUAUCAUGGAAUCAUGUUUCUGCCAUUGAUUAACACCGUAGCAAACGAUGAUUCGAGCAAAUGCAGAGAAAUGGCCAGUCUGUUGAUCAAGCGACUAUUCCAGCAAGCCAGCGAGAAGCGACUGCAAAGUUUCGCUUCCGAUCUUAAGAGUUGGUUGGAGCAAGACGACAACAUUGGCUUGAAGCGCCUUGGCAUCCAGGUCUGGGGCUUCUACUUCGAGGCUAUGGAAGACGAGGAUGAGCCAAAAGAGCUAGCAUAUGUUCUCGAGCGACUUGACGCAACGAUUGACGAAUGCCUGAGUCGACGCGAUGAGGACGAUUGGGAGCUCUUGUAUUACUCCCUCACCAUGCUCUCGAAGGCCUGCAAGAAAUACACGGACACCAUGUUCUCGUCAAGCAAGGACGAUCUUUGGACAGCAAUCCAAGCCAGCGCAACCUACCCGCACAUGUGGGUCAAGCUCAAAGCUGCGGAGUUGCUGGGCAAUUACUUUGCCCAUCUGGGAGUCUCAAACAAAGACUCUGGUCUGGAGGCACUCCCGCUGAAGGGGUCGGGUGGUCUGCAGUUGGCGGAACAGAACAUGACGCAGCUGUGCAAUGCUUUCUUGAGAAAUUUGCUGAAUCCCGAGGUUUCGGAACAGCUUUGCCUUCAAAGUGUCAAGAACAUUGCCUUCCUUGCACGCUGUCUCGCAGUUAACGGGGCGAAAUGGCAAUGGCAGAAGGCUGAAGAUGAUGAAGAGAUGGAAGAAACUACCGUGACCAACGGUGACGCAGCCGCUUCUGAAGAUGAGGAAGAUUUUGAUGGUUUCUCGCCGCCGCCAGAAAGCACCAAACCGAAGAAGACGGGAGAUGCUCCACCAACAGCGAUCCAUCGCCUAAUGAUUCGUCUUUCUGGAAUUGUUCGAAAAGACAAGAGCACUAUGAACGCCAAAACCGCAAUUAUGAAUUUGUUCGACACCAUCGCCGCCAAGUUCCCUGUCGAACCUCUUUCUACCUCCCUCCCCCACCUACUGACUACCCUGUCUACCCUUACCGAUGCCACUGCGACCUUUCCUCGAUCCUCCACGCAAGCCGGUCCUGACAACGUGGUCAGCGAACCAUACAAGGCCCUGACCGACAAGGCUCGUGAAGUCAUGAACACUUUGCAGAAGCGCCUUGGCACGCAAGAGUAUCUGAAGAUUAUGGGAGAAGUGCAAAAGGGCGUGAGGGAAAGGAGAGAAGAAAGACGCAGAAAAAGGAAAGUCGAAGCUGUUGUGGAUCCAGAAAAGUUUGGCAAGGAGAAGCGUAGGAGACACGAUGCUAAGAAGGUCAAGAGGAAGGAGAGGAGUGCCGAAGAGAGGAGCAAGAGAAGAGGAUGGUAAAUACGGGUUUUAUGCAGACGGACGUGGCGCGUUUGGGUGGCGGCGCCAACCUUGCAUGGUAAUGGUAAAAGUAUAGCAUUUGUUUUCAACAUGGCGUUUCAUAGUCAAGUAUCUAUCACUCGAAUGUACAUGAUACCCU